GUUUUCAAUAUUGCACAUGGCAUCAAAGUGUUUGAGAUUAUAACUUACCAAUAGUGUGUAAAAUAUAUAAACAUCAUUCACAUGGUUCAAGGGUUUUGAUCAUGACAAGUUGGCACUGCAUGUCUCCUUCAAAGAAACAAGAGUUUCAAAUCCAGUACAUAGAUUUUUGCAACCCUUGAGCCAAGUAAUUGGCCAUAUAUAUGUACAGUAGGCACAAAACAAUACUUCUUUCUCUUUUGUAUCUUUAUCUCCUCAACGUUAAAAGUUUGUGUUUAGACAUAGCAACCUCGUCAUCUUCACAUCCUGUGUUUGCUUUUUACAUCAGCAAAGAUGAGUGACCAUUUCCCGGAUGGACUUCCAGGAGAGCACUGGCAGUUUUCACGGCCCCAAAAGCGCGUACGAAUCGAUAGCCCACCUAGCAGCACGAAAGUCCAACCUCGUGCCCCGUAUUUUGAGGCUUGUACACCAGACGACCAACCCCAUAGCCCAUCUUAUGAAACUGGUUGUAAACCAGGCAGCCAACCCCAUCUCCCACUUUGUGAAGCUGGUAUUAAACGAGCUAUUCGUAGCCCAUCUUAUGAAGCUGGUACACCGAAUGUCCAAUCACACAGCCCAUCUUAUGAAGCUGGUACACCAAACUUCCAGCCAUACAACCCAUAUCAUGAGGCUGGUACACUAAACGUCCGAUCACACAGCCUAUCUUAUGAAGCUGGUACACCAAAUGACCAACCACACAGCCCAAUGGACCAAGGACUUCAAGAUGUCAAUGAUCUGCAAUACAUUUGGUGCGAUACUCAGCAUUACAGAGCGCCGUGCAAUGCUGAUCCCCGCACAAUCAAUGACAUGAAGGAGCCCUCCUUCUGUCGGGAUGUUAUGUUCGCUUGUCCAUUCUUUUCAGGGGUUAAUGAAAUUUCAGGAAUCUUAGUGCAACCCAACGGUUUGUUUCUCGGCCCUGAAAACACGAUUAAUCGAUUACCCGCAGGCGCUUACCUAGUCGACAUUUCCUCGUGGCGAACAGCCGCCAAGAAUGAUUUGAAAAUCUGGCGUGAGGAGGGACAGUAUUUCAAACGCGGCGACCCCAGCCAUCGUUUCCGUUACUGCUAUAAUGUUCCGAGAAAGCUUUUGUUUACCAGAUUUGGAACAUUUCCUAGGAUUGAAGGGGCUCUACUUGUUGUAGCACGGGACGAGACGGCAGGCACGUGGUAUUCGGACAAACGUUUGACCUUCGACGAUAUAUGCUACUUCGAUGAUGACCGAUACAUGCCUAUGCUCGGUAAUAUGUCGCAGUUCCAACCAACCGAGGUGGAUAGAAUGGUGGCCUUUGUGGUGUGAGGAAUUGCAUCAAAGAUUGUGCGGGGUAUUGGUUAUAACGUUAAUGAUGAAUUUCUUUGGAUAAACAAGAAAUUGAAGUAAGGAAUUGACUAUUGAAGAUGAUAUAAUUUGUUUAUUUUGAGAUUCAUUCUUUUGGUUAUGGAUUCGUAGAAGCUAAUGAAAGUAAAUUGAACCACA